AUCCACCUGUUUAGUGAAUGAAAGAAACUUUGUGUUUAUCUGAGAAAAAGGAAUGGUAGAUUUAAAGAGCUUCGUGUUCCCAAAGAUGGGGGACGCUUAGCUUACCUAGCGUAAAGCUACAUUUUCCUUUACUUUACUUUGGAGACACUUCAACGCAUUUUCUGUGUUUUUUAUUUCCCCAGCUUUGAAAGACAUUUUAGUUGUUUUCACGUCAAAUGUAGAAGCUGCGGCCUUUGUGUUGCGGCCUUUUUUGAAUCAACUGUCAUGUAUUUUCAGAAGUAAUUGACUGGGCAUUAAAAUAUAAUUAUUAUAUCAAUUAAUUAUAAAAGCAUGUCUUUCACUCUGCUCAGUAUAUAAACCAAUUUCUCGACCAGACUCAGUGCUUCAACCAUUUUAUCAUUUGCGAAUAUAAUAAGGAAGCUGAUUUUCACCACAGUCGCGAUGACACUUUUUCACUUUGGAAACUGCUUUGCCCUGGCUUAUUUCCCUUACUUCAUCACAUACAAAUGCAGCGGCCUCUCGGAGUACAAUGCUUUCUGGAGAUGCGUCCAGGCAGGAGCAACGUACCUGUUUGUCCAACUUUGCAAAAUGCUGUUUCUCGCUACAUUUUUCCCAACCUGGGAAGGAGGAGCCGGUGCUUAUGACUUUGUAGGGGAGUUCAUGAAGUCCACAGUGGACCUGGCUGACCUGCUGGGUCUCCACCUGGUGAUGUCUCGUAAUGCUGGGAAGGGAGAGUAUAAGAUCAUGGUCGCUGCCAUGGGCUGGGCGACGGCAGAGCUCGUGAUGUCGAGGUUUCUUCCCCUGUGGGUUGGCGCCAGAGGAAUCGAGUUUGAUUGGAAGUACAUCCAGAUGAGCUUUGACUCAAACAUUAGUUUGGUCCAUUACAUCGCCAUGGCAGCUGUUGUGUGGAUGUUCACUCGAUACGACCUGCCUAAGACCUUCAGGCUGCCUGUUACUGUGCUGCUGGCUCUGUGUGUCUACAAAGCCUUUUUAAUAGAGUUGUUUGUCCAUGUCUUCAUGCUGGGCAGCUGGACGGUGUUGCUGGUGAAAGCCGUCCUGACUGGCGCCGUCGCUCUCUGCUCACUUUUCCUGUUUGUCACUCUGGUUCACAGCAACUGAAGAAAAAGCAGCAGGCCGUAAAAAAAAACCCUCCACAGUCUCUGCUCAAACUGGAGGAAAGGUUUUCAAGUCAGUUUGAGCUGUGAAGCUGUAAAGGAGGGCUUAGAAACGAUUGGUGUUGUCUGACAUGAUCCACCAACUGGUUCAGCUUCCAGUUCUUCCAGUUUGAUUCAUUGGUUAUGAAUCCAUGAGGAAAAAGAGCGUUCUCUGGGGAACAUUUCUACCCAACUUUUAAGUGAAUUAUAUGAAGCUAAGGACGAACAUCAACAUCAGGAUACUUCUUCAGUGUGACUUUUUUUUUUGUUUUUUAAAGAUGUGAAUUUUGUAUUGAUGUGACUACAAAUGAAUUAACACUUAAUAAUAAAAUAAAAAUACAUUUCUUUUAA